AUGAAGUUCACCGACUCACCCGUGAUAGAGCUCCCGGUUCGAACCGCCGUCCUUUCCCUCCAACAGGACAACGGCUCCCUCCACGUCGGCACCUCCGUCUGGCCCUGUUCCCUGGUCCUCGUCAAAUUCGCCGAGCGCUGGGCCCCACCCAGCCCCGAUGCCCAAAACCCUUACGCCAACCUCCUCGACUUCCACGGCAAGCGAGCCGUGGAGCUCGGCGCCGGCUGCGGAGCCGCCGGCAUGGGCCUUUAUCUGCUCGGCUUGACCGACCUCGUCCUUACCGAUAUUCCCGCGGUCAUGCCCGCACUGAAGCACAACCUCAAGCGCAACAAGCCGGUCCUGGGGAAGACGCUCAAGCACGCCAUCGUGCACUGGAACAAGGCGGCGGAUCAGGCCAAGUCCUUGAGCCCUCCAUACGACGUCGUCGUGGCGACGGACGUCGUUUACAUAGAGGAGACUGUGGGCCCGCUCGUGUCCACCAUGGAGGGGCUGGUGAAGGACGACGGCGUCGUUUUGCUCGGGUACCAGCUGAGGUCUCCGGAAGCACACCAACUGUUCUGGGAAAUGUGUGAGAGGGCUUUUGUGAUAGAGAAAGUUCCGCACCAGGAUUUGCACCCGGAUUAUGCGUACGAAGAGGCUGAUGUGUUUGUCUUGCGCAAGAAACAAAAAGGAGGGCUGACUCAGGAUGCUGCUCCCGACUCUGUGUGA